AUGCUGGCAACAAGAACAUUCGCCCGGGCGCGGCCGGCCUUUCAGUCGCCCAGCCUACGCACAUUCUCAUCAAGCCCGAUCAAUGCCAAGUUGAAGCUCGCGUACGACUUCUAUGAAGCCGAGAAGCCCGAAACCAAGAAGGAUCCCAUUGUCUUUGUCCAUGGCCUCUUCGGAUCCAAGAAGAACAACCGGAGCAUGAGCAACACCUGUCCAGNNGACUUGCGCAACCACGGCGAAUCACCCCAUGACCCGAGGCACGACUACACCGCUCUCGCCGAGGAUGUCGAGGGUUUCCUGCAAGAACACAAGAUUGAGCGUCCUGCUCUGAUCGGCCACUCCAUGUACGUCUUGCACGACUACACCACCCUCAGAUGCCGUGGAUCAAUGUUGACUGUGAACAAGGNNGGCGCCAAAACAGUCAUGACAGUUGCUUUGCGCGGUAAAGUGCCCAUCGCCAGUCUGAUCCCCGUCGACAACGCACCUGUCGACGCAGCCUUGAAGAGCGACUUUGGCAAGUACGUACAGGGCAUGCGCAAGAUUGCCGACGCAAACGUAACAAAGCAGUCCGAGGCCGACGCUAUCCUGGCCGAGUUCGAGUCCAACGUCGGAGUGCGUCAGUUCCUACUUACCAAUCUCGCCCGCGGCAAGGAUGGAAUCCAGAGGUUCCGUAUUCCUGUCAAGUACCUGGCGAACGCUCUCGACAACAUGGCCGACUUCCCCUUCACCGACCCAGAAGAGGCGCGAUGGGCGGGCCCGGCUCUGUUUGUUAGAGGCACCAAGAGCCAUUAUGUGGCUGAUGAGACACUGCCCAUCAUUGGAAGAUUCUUCCCAAGAUUCGAGAUUGCAGAUGUCGACAGCGGUCAUUGGGUCAUCAGCGAGAAGCCUCAGGAGUUCAGAAACGGUAUGUCGAAACGCCGUAUAUGGAUACGUCAUGAGCUGAUUUAUGUGAUUANNGCUGUCGUUGAGUUUUUGCAGGACAAAGAGUAG